CCUCACGCAGACUCGGGAUGCCGAGUCCGGUGCCCGUGCCCUCCCUGGGAGGUGUGAGGUCCGCGCCCCUGCUCCCCGCCGCGAGGACACCGGGGUGUCCAAUGGAGCAAGCCAAGCCUGAACUCUGAGAGCCCCAAAGCUCAGGGGGCAUUGCAUUUCCGAUUUCUCCGACAUUCAGGGAGGCGGUCCGGAGCGGGGAAGUAAUUUGGCCAAAGUCACGAGGAUUAUUGGUCACAGAGUGUAGGUCGCAAAGCUGGAAGGGCCGCAGGAAACCCAGCUCUCAAGUCCAGGGGAGAGCUGGGUGGUGCGCGGCCGGGGCUGGCCCCCAGGCCCGGAUGCUGGGCUCCGACCUUCCUGCAGUGCAGCGGUUUGAGAAGAAGCUGCCCGAGCCGACGCCGGUGAGGCGGCCGAGAUGGCAGAGCCCUACGUGAAGAAGCUGUCCACCGUCCUGCUGGAGGCCAUCACCGACAAGGACCCUCUGGUGCAGGAGCAGGUCUGUGGCGCCCUGUGCGCCCUCGGAGAGGCGCAGCCAGCGGAGGUGCUCCGAGCCUGUGAGGAGUACCUGUGGCAGCACGAGAAGUUGGCACAUCCUUACCGGACGAUGAUCCUGAGGGCCAUGGAGACGGUCGUGAGCAGUCACAUCAGUGACCUGGACAAGGACAUGGCCAGGGCUGUCAUCUUCCUGGCCUCCAGCGAGAUGACCAGGGUGAAGGACUUGGUGUGUGACUGGCAGCAGGCUGCCAGCAACGUCCUGGUGGCUGUUGGGAAGCAGUUCAUCGGCCUGGUGAUGGAGGAGGUGCUGAGCAAGUUCCAGCCUGGGGCCCUGCCGCACUACUUCGUCGUGCAGACCCUCGCCAACCUGGCGGCUUCCAACGUGUUCGGCAUGGUGCCCUUCCUGACGUCCAUCCUGAGCACCAUGCUCCCCAUGCUGGGCAUGGCCAAGCACGAUACGAUGAGGGUGGCGUUUUGCUGUGCUCUGCAGCACUUCAGCGAGAGCACCCUGGAGUACCUGGCCAACCUGGACCAAGCCCCAGACCCCACGGUCAGGAAGGACACCUUUGCCACUGACAUCUUCAGCGCCUACGACAUCCUCUUUAACCACUGGCUACAGAGCCGUGAGGCCAAGCUCCGGCUCGCCGUGGUGGAGGCUCUGGGGCCCAUGAGCCACCUGCUGCCCAGUGAGAAGCUGGAGGAGCAGCUCCCCAAGCUGCUGCCGGGGGUCCUGGCCCUCUACAGGAAGCACGCCGAGACCUUCCACGUGUCCAAGAGCCUGGGCCAGAUCCUUGAGGCUGCGGUGAGCGUGGGCAGCCGCACGCUGGAGGCCCAGCUGGACGCGCUCCUGGCUGCUCUACACGCUCAGAUCUGUGUGCCCGUGGAGUCGUCCAGCCCUCUGGUGGCGAGCAACCGAAAGGAGGUGUUACGCUGCUUCACUGUGCUGGCGUGCUGUUCGCCUGACCGCCUGCUGGCCUUCCUGCUGCCCAAGCUCGAUGCCAACAACGAGAGGACCCGCGUGGGCACCCUGCAGGUCGUGAGGCACGUCAUCAACUCAGCUGCUUCUCAGAUGGAAGUGAAGAAGCCCUUUAUUCUCUCCUCCAUGAGGCUUCCUCUUCUGGACACCAACAGCAAGGUGAAGCGGGCAGUGGUGCAGGUGAUCAGUGCCAUGGCACACCACGGCUACCUGGAACAGCCUGGAGGAGAGGCCAUGGUCGCGUACAUCGUGCAGCAGUGCGCGCUGCCCCCCGAGGCCGAGGCCCUCCCGUUUCUACGCAUGUCAGUGUUGCCGAAGUCCGUGGCUGGCAGGGAACGUGCAAGGUUUCCUCUAUUCUGGGGACGAGAGCUCAGCCAGGUGAGCCCGCGUCCUUGGGCAGUUUCAGCGCAGUGUGUGUUACCUGUCCCCGGCAGGUGCCGGACGGGUCUGCCCUGUUCGCACACGGGCCGUGUCCUCACGGCCCAGAGCCCACAGCCGCGUAGAGCGGUGGUGGCCCCAUGCGCGCGCCUGCCUUUGCCCCCCCCCCCCCCCACGCCAGCCUCAGAAGCCGGGUCCCGACAGCGAGGACCCCGCCACGGACAGUGUGCGGGACGUCAGCAUCAGCACCCUGUACCUGGUCAGCACCACCGUGGACAGGAUGAGCCACGUCCUCUGGCCGCACCUGCUCGAGUUUCUCACCCCCGUGCGAUUCACCGGGGCGCUGACCCCGCUCUGCAGGAGCCUCGUGCACCUGGCCCAGAAGAGGGAGGAGGUGGGGGCCGAUGCCUUCCCCAUCCAGUACGACAGCAACGGUGCGCCCCUGCUCUCCCCGUGCCACCCCUGAUGCCUGACCCCACCCUCGCAGCCGCCCCCAAGUCCGCCCCGCCCCAGGUGCGGUCAGGGGCCGGGGCUCUGUGGGCAGGCGGCCCCCUGAGCGUUUCUCCCCCGUGCUUUCCAGUGACCCUCCCUUCACCCUACGCCAUCACCACGAGACUCCUGACCGUGUCUUCCAACCCCUACCUGGGGGACGGCCGCGGGGCCGCCUCGCUGCGUCUCUUGAGCGUCCUGCAUCGUAACAUCCACCCUCUGCUGGGUCAGCGGUGGGCCACCACCGUCCCCCUGCUGCUGGAACACCUGGAUGAACAUACUGAAGAGACCCUGUCCCAGAAGGAAUGGGAGGAAAGGCUGCUGGCGUUCCUUCGGGACACUCUGGCUGUCGUGUCUGACAACACGUGGAUUUGCCAGCUGAGCCUAGAGAUGUGCAGACAGCUGCCCUGCUACAACGGGACGCCCCAGGAGAAGAACUUCCUGUAUAAAUGCAUUGGAACCACGCUGGGUGCCGCUUCGAGCAAGGAGGUGGUGAGGAAGCAUCUGCAAGAGCUUCUGGAGACGGCCAGACACCAGGAGGAGGCCGAGCGCGAGGGCCUCGCCUGUUGCUUUGGGAUCUGUGCCACCUCUCACCUGGAUGAUGUCCUGGCCCAGCUGGAGGACUUCAUGAGGUCAGAUGUGUUCAGAAGAUCCACCGGCAUUUUCAACAUUUUUAAGGACCGAAGUGAGAAUGAGGUGGAAAAGGUGAAGUCAACUCUGAUCCUGUGUUACGGCCACGUGGCAGCACGGGCCCCCCGCGAGCUGGUGCUGGCCAAGGUCGAGUCGGACAUCCUCCGGAACAUAUUCCAGUACUUCAGCACCAAGGUUCUGGGAAUAAAGGUAGAGACCAAGGACCCGGCUCUGAAGCUGUGUCUCAUCCAGAGUGUGUGCAUGGCCAGCCAGGCCAUCUGCAGCAGUGCCCAAGCUGGCUCUUUCCACUUCUCGAGGAAAGCGGAGCUGGUGGCACAGAUGAUGGAGUUCAUCAAGGCAGAGCCCCCAGACUCCCUGAGAACGCCCAUUCGGAAGAAGGCCAUGCUUGCCUGCACUUACCUGGUCUCCCUGGAGCCAGCGCUGGAAGAGCGAGUGCAGGCGGACUUGAUCCGCGGCUGUCUACACAGCGUCAUGGCUGUGCUGCCUGAGCCCGAGGGGGAGGAGGAGCGCCAGGAGUCCCUGUACCUGGACACCAUGCACGCCCUUGAGGAUUUGCUGACAAGCCUCCUUCGGCGGAACAUGACCCCGCAGGGCCUGCAGAUCAUGGUGGAGCACCUGAGCCCGUGGAUCAGGUCCCCACGGGGCCACGAGAGGGUGCGGGCGCUGGGCCUGAGCGCCUGCCUGCUGCAGCACUUCUUGGAGCACCUGCACGUCAGCGCCCUGGUGCCCUUCCACAACCUGGGCCUCCUCAUUGGCCUCUUCUCCCCACGGUGCGCGGACUUGUGGCCUGCCACCCGCCAGGAGGCUGUGAGCUGCGUCCACGCCCUGCUGUACCUCCAGCUGGGCUAUGAGGGCUUCUCCCGUGACUACCGGGACGAUGUGGCCGAGCAGCUCCUCGCCCUCAAAGAAGGCCUCGUGCACCCCGACCCCGCCGUCCUCUUCCACACCUGCCACAGCAUAGCCCAGAUUAUUGCCAAGCGCCUCCCGCCAGAGCAGCUCAUCAGCCUCCUGCUGACCUUGUUUGAGAGUCUGGGAGACCCGGACAAGAACUGUUCGAGGGCGGCUACCAUCAUGGUCAACUGCCUGCUGAGGGAGCGAGGGAGCAUGCUCCAGGAGAAGGUGCCCGAGAUCGUGAGUGUUCUGCGCUCGAAGCUGCAGGAGACCCGAGAGGAGCACGUCCUGCAGGCCGCACAGCACAGCGUGUACCUCCUGGCGUCCCAGCACUGCGCGGCCGUGGUGUCCAGCCUCCUGGGCGGCCCCCUGCCCUUUGACAGCCACACCUGCACCCUGUGGCGGGCGCUGGCCCUGGAGCCCAGCCUCACCACACAGGUCCUGGGGCUGCUCCUGGAGAAGAUGAGCAGGGACGUCCCGUUCAAGGAGACCCGGGCCUUCCUGCUAAGCAGCUCUCCUGGCCGCGAGGCCACGCUGCUGCCCCUUGCGGCCACGUGUGCCCUGCACGAGGUCCUGAGCGCCCUGGAGUCUGGGCCCGCGGUGCUCGAGCUGUACCCACAGCUGUUUGCCGCGCUCCUGCUGCGGGUCAGCUGCACCCUGGGCGUCCUGCUGCCCCGGAGCCUGCAGGCCAAGGAGAGGAGGAGCGUGGGCUCGGCCGUGGCCCCCAGGAGCCUCGAGCCCUGCAGCUGCGCGGUGGAUGCUCUGCAGGCUAUGCUGCUCCGGGGGGGUAAUGAGGACGUGGUGCGGCGUGUGGAGCUGGAGGGGGGCUGGCAGCUGCUCAGGACCUCGGCAGGACACGAGGAGGGGGUCACCCGGCUGGCCAGCGCCAUGGCCAAGUGUGCAGGCCCCCGGCUGCCCCUGGUGAUGAAGGCGCUCGUGUGCACACAGAGCAGUGUGUAUGAGAUCCAGAGGGUCACCUCCACAGCGUUCCUGGCCGAGCUGCUCAACAGCAACGUGGUGAACGACCUGAUGCUUCUGGAGUCGCUGCUGGACAACCUGGCGGCGCGGCAGAAGGACACGAGCGCCAGCGUGCGGCGGCUGGUGCUGCGAGGCCUGGCCAACAUCGCCUCCAGCUCCCCGGAGAAGGUGCAGGCCCACGGCCCCCAGCUCCUGACAGCCAUGAUCGGCGGGCUGGACGACAGGGACGACCCUCACAGCCUGGUGGCCCUGGAGGCCAUGGUGGGCCUGGCAAGGCUCCUGGAGCUGGUGAAGCGCCAGGACCUGCGCUCCGUGCUGCUGCACGUUGCCAUCCGGAUCCGGCCCUUCUUCGACAGCGAGAAGACGGAGCUCCGCUCUGCGUCCAUCCGCCUCUUCGGGCACCUCAACCAGGUGUGCCACGGGGGCUGUGAAGACGUCUUCCUGGAGCAGGUUGUUGCUGGGCUGGUGCCCCUGCUGCUGCACCUGCAGGAUCCCCAAGCCCCUGUGACCAACGCCUGCAGGUUCGCCCUGCGCCUGUGCGGCCCCAACCUGCAGCAUGAAGAGCUGGCGGCCGUCUUCCAGAAGCACCUACAGGAGGGCCGGGGCCUGCACUUCGGGGAGUUCCUCAACGCCACCUGCAAGCUCCUGAUGUACCACUUCCCGGAACUGCUGGGCCGCCUGGCGGCCACCAGCCUCUUCUACUUCAAGAGCAGCUGGGAGGACGUCCGUGCUGCCGCCCCCAUGCUCAUGGGGUUCCUGGUGCUGCACGCGGAGCCGGAGCACCAGCCACAGGUGGACCUGGAGCAGAUCACGGCAGUGGCUCCCCGUCCCCCAGCGCUGCAGCUUCUGCUCAAGGACCCAGCCCCCCUGGUGCGCGCGAAGGCUGCCGAGACCCUGGGACGCCUGGUCAAGUUCGCCUGAGGCUCCCGCGGCAGUGCCAGCCCGGGUCUGCGCCUGAACCCCCCACGAUGGGGCCCUGAGGAGCUCCCUGCUACCAAGGGUCCAACCCCUGCCAUUCCAGACAAGGCCCCUGGAGGCCGGGAGGGCAGGCAAGCUGCUGUAACCCCUGGUUUCCAAUAAAGCCAUCCGCUCCUCA